AUGGUCUGCUCGGCUGCCCCUGUGCUACUCCUGGCCAUGACUCUCCCUCUGGUGGGGUCACCACUUGCCCGAGAGUCCCAGCCUGGACAGGGUCAGGCUGGAGGGGAAUCGCAGCAAUUGGACCAAGAACGUGGAACAGGUGAAUCGGUCCUGGUCUCCGUCUAUGUACAGCUGUACUUUUCAAGUGAGCGCCGGCCGGUGGCACUCUCCGGGCCCCUGACUCUCCCCACCUCCUCGGCUUCCUCUGCCCCAGUAACUCUCACUGGCCUCAGCCUCACAGCCGAGUGCGAUGUCACCCACAAGGGGUGUAGCUACUGUGCUUGCCUCUCCGGGUACCAGUGGAACGCCAGCGUCUGCUCCCAUCACCGACCCUGCCAAACCCCCCUCAAGCGCUGGCCUUGUGGCUGCCUUGUCUUCAGCCCUGCUGAAGCCGGGUACUGCCAGCUGCUGCCACCUGGUGAGGAGGAGCUUAGCUGCCUCAAGGGCCACAAGUUCCUGCUCCGGGCGUCCUAUCUUUUGCCUCCCGCAGUCCCCGCGGCCCUGAGCCUCAACUCCUGGCUGCAGACGCCUGGCGACACCCUGAACCUGACCCUCCUCACAAGCCAGGAGACCACCAACCUGAACUGGUUCCUGUGGCCCACAGGGAGCCCCAGCCGCAUCCUCCUGCGAGCAGGGACACGUGUGUCCUUGACCUCCAGCCGGACGGCAGUCCUCAGCAUUGUCAACAUCUCCCAUAAAUGGGCAGGUGAGUACAUAUGCUGCUUUGAGGCCUGGGGAUUCAGGUGGGAGCUGCACCAGAUGGUGAGGGUGCCUCUGCAGGUGACAGAUGUGGCUGGGCUCCCAGACCAGCUCUCCAUCUCCUGUGCCACCUACCCUGGCUUCCAGCUGAGCUGCUGCAUCCCCAGUGCCCACCUGGGCUACACGGCUUCCUGGAGCCCCAGAGAUGGCAACGAAGCUUCCUUAUUCAACACGCUGGACUCCCAGUGCUUUGUGCUGGCUGUUCAGCACUGCCCUGCAGCCGGCACUACGUACACUUGUGACCUGCAGAGCCCGGGACUGAGCCCUCUCAGGGUUGCCGUCUCUAUCACUGUCAUCCAGGUACUUGGGGCUUGGGAUGGAGACACCACCUGCCCUGAGGACUCUUCAACUACUGCCUGGAACGUCACCAAGGCUGGCCAUGUGGCACAGGCCCCGUGUCCCAGGAAGAGAAGGGGCAUGGUGAAGAGGCCUUGUAGGCCUGAGGGGAUCUGGGGGCCCAUCCACAGCAGCUGCACGGACACGGGGCUCCUGGCCUUGCUUCUUAGAGCCCGGCUGCUGAGGGCAGGCCAGGGCUGGCCUGUGGAUGAGGUACCACAGAUCUUGGCUCAGCUGCUGGAGCAGGCAGUGGUGGUGACCUCACCCACUGACUUAUUGGCACUGGUGGCCACCAUGACGAUCCUGGCCAAGGUGGUGGCACAUGCCAGAAUACAGCUCAACGGCAGUGCCCUGGAGGUGAGAUCCUUGAGCCACAUCAGGGGCCAGCUGGGUAGUGUGGGCUGGAAACUCUUCACCUCUGGGCAUUUCUGUCCCUCUGACAUCACCAUGGGCUGUCAGAUGGCGGACUCUUCUAGAGUCCAAGUGUCUGCUCCUCUGGUCCAUUUCUCCUCUUGGAUACCAGUCUCCAAGGCCACGGAGUGUGGAGGAGGCCUGAUGCUGGGAACACAUAGGAGGUCAGGGAAGGCAGGGAGGGGGUGUGGAGACAGGAGUUCAGAGGCAUUCAUGCACAUGCAGAUAUGCGGUUAUGAUGUGAAUCCCCCCAUGCCCACACACAAGGUACCUAUAUGGAGAUACUCAAACGUACUUGGCUUUGCUGGACUCACCUAA